AUGUGCGAAUCCUUUUUAUUGUAUCUUUCGUUUGCUAGGAAACGCGAAGCGCGUUCUAGUAGCGAAACAAGUGAAGCGAUGUUUAUCACAUAUGAAUGUUGGUGGUAUUGGAAGAAAUACGGUGGCCUGAAAGAGCGACAUCAACACGAAAUAUUUGAUGUCAUUGCUUCUAUUAAUGAGGACGCUGCCUCAGAUGUUCACGAAAACGCCAAACCUGCUUCAAGCGUGCCAAACCCGCCAGCGGCUGGUAAAAGCUCUUCAGCAGCACAGCAAAAUCGACCCAUUGGUACUGGUCACGUAAUUGCUCGAUUACCUCCGAAUCAUCCUCUUCUGUUGGCUGCCACUUCUGGAUCCACAUUGAGCGUGGGUAACCCCGUAAAAGGAAAGGUGAGACAGAGAGAUCGCCUUGACAUGAAUUAGAU